AUGGCGUCUGCCUGGGACUGCCCGCGCUGCACCUUCGCCAACUCCCCCGCUUCCUCUGCGGCGGCGGGCGCGGCGUCGUGGCGCGAGGCGGAGUGCGCCGUGUGCGGCUACCGGCGCGCACACGUGGAUCUCGACGACGAUGACGUGGACGAGAGGGACCCGGAGGAGCGCCACGUGGCGGCGGAGGAGCGCGAUGCGGCGUGGGCGUGCGGCGUGUGUACUCUCCUCAACGAGCUUCCCCCCGCGCACAGGAGCAGCGACGACGGGGAGGCUGCUUUGGGGGCGGAAAGAGGGAGCGAGGGAGGGAGCGGGGGGCAGGGGGAGGGGAGCAGAGAGUUGAAGUUGGAGGAGAGGCGCAAUGGCGGGGCGGGGGAGAGCGGGAGCGGGGAGAAGGAGACGGGGGAGGAUGGAGGGGUGGGACGAAGGGAAGAACGUGGGGAGGCGGGGAGGGGGGCCGAGGGCACGUCGGGGAAUGAGUGGCUGCGACUGCUGCACGAGGCGAGGGUGAAGAGACAGCGCCGGGGCGAGACGAGUGCAGGGGCGAGGGGUGGCAGUGAGAGCAGGACACAGACACACACGGUGAAAGAGGAGGAGGAGGAGGAGGAGGAGAAGCAUCAGGAUGAGCAGGAGAAGGAGAGAGCCAAGGAGAAGGAACCAGCCGUCACGAGCACGAGCGUGAGUGCGAGUGCGAGCGCGAGGGUAAGCAUAAUGACGUGGAACGUGUGGUUCAACGAGGAGGCGGCACUGCAGCACCGCAUGAACGCCAUAGGCGCCGCCAUCCUCCACCACCGCCCCCAUGUCGUCUGCCUGCAGGAGGUGACGCGUAGCAUCGUGGAGCUCUUCUCCGCGCACCCGUGGUUCUCGGAGUACCGCCCCUGCUCGCCCCUGCGCGACCACCACAUGCCGCCCUACUUCUGCCUCAUCCUGGCGCGCCUGGCAGUGCAGCAGCAGCACGUGCACCCCUUCGCCAACUCCAUCAUGGGCCGCCAGCUCCUCAUCACCUCCUUCCGCCUCCCCCCCCUCGCCUCCAACGCUUCCUCCGCGCCCCCGUGUGUGCUCACGGUGGCCACAAGUCACCUGGAGUCCCCCUGCCCUGCGCCCCCCACGUGGGACCAACACUUCUCCCCCCAGCGCGUGCAGCAAGCUGCGGAGGCGCUCCGCCUGCUCCACUCCCAGCAGUGGCGGGAGCGGGGUGCAGAGAAAAAGCGCGCGCGGGAAGAGAGUGUUGCGGGGAAUGGGGGGCGCAGUGGAGAGGGGGAGGGCGGUGGGGAGAGGGAGGACGUGGUGUUCUGUGGGGAUAUGAACUGGAAUGAUAAGCGGGACGGGGAUGUGCCCAUGCCACAGGGGUGGGUGGAUGCAUGGCAGCAUCUGCACCCCCGUGAGCAGGAGGGCUUCACAUACGACAGUCGGUUGAAUCCCAUGCUGGCAGGGGGCCGCCUGCGCCUGCGCCUGGACCGCUGCUGGGUGCGCCUGCAGCACCUGCGCCUGCACUCCCUCUCCCUCCUCGGCACACACCCCAUCCCCGGGGGCUCGUACUCGAAGCAGCGGCGCGUGAAGGGCCAGCCCACCAUGGUGGACCUGCCUCUGCUGCCCAGUGACCACUUCGGCCUGCUGCUCGUGCUCAAACGGGGUGAGGGGGGGGCUGUGGGGGAUGGGGAUGGGAGAGCGGUUGCAAGUGCUAGUGGUGUUGGUGGUGAUAAUGGAGGGAGCAAGGGUGGUGAAGAGCAGGGGGGAGGAAGUGGAGAGCGAAAAGUUAGGAGUUCAAAGAAAGGAGGGACAAGGGUGAAAGGAACUUGA